AUGGCUGAAUGUACUGUCUUAAGUGAUUACUAUGACGGGCAAAUAGAUUUAUAUCAAAAAGAAAUUUAUCAAAUAAAGCAUGAAAAUAAGCGGUUUGAGGCAGAGCGAGACAAGUUGAACAAACGCGUCAGAGAGCUUAAGAGCGAAUUAGAAGGCCUACUCGAAAGUGCUUAUCCGGUGGGUGAAGUAAUCAAGCCUUUGGGUAAAACUCGAGUGCUGGUGCGACUGAAUUCUGACGGCAGAUACGUCGUCGAACUUGGGCCCAACAUCAAAAUAGAAGAUUGCAAACUUAACACGCGAGUGGCCUUGAGCAGUGACAGUUACGUCAUUCACAAAAUUUUACCUAAUUCCGUAGACCCAUUAGUCAGUCUGAUGAAGGUCGAAAAAGUGCCUGACAGCUGCUACGCCGAUAUUGGUGGUCUGUCAAAACAAAUAAAAGCAAUUAAAGAAGUGAUCGAAUUGCCCAUCAACCACCCUGAGUUGUUCGAGCAACUCGGAAUGUUCGCCCUGAGAGAACGAAGAGUCAACAUUACGCAAACAGACUUUGAAUUGGCUGUGGCCAAAGUUAUGAAGCAAAGCAAGUCACAAAAUGCGAGUGUACAAAUGCUGCUUCGAUAA